AUUAUUGUUAUUGUUAUUAUUAUUUUCUGUCGUGAAACUAAUGAUACUACUAGUAGUUCAGUAAUCAAUAGAAACUGAUCAUUUUUAUUACUUUUUUGCUAUCUCUACUGACACUCAUUCAGCACGCACCAACAGAAAUCAAAUUCUGUUCAAGUGAAUGAUAGAGAGUGACAGAGGGACACAAACUGUUUCUAUGAUAUAAUAAACUUUAUACAUAAAAAGCUAAUACCAGAGACUGAGUCAAAGUUAUUUACACUUGUUUAAAAGAACUGCUGUUUGUUUCUUUUUUUUCUUCUUCUUCUUGUGAAUAAUCAACUCUUUAAUUUGAUAAAACAAAAAAAACUAUGCCUAUUGAACAAAGAUCUUAUGGAGCACCAUUGCAUCCAGUUGGUGAAAGAAAAGCUGUGAUUAAAUAUGUGGAAAUGAGUAAAGAAAUGCAACAAGAUGCUGUACAGUCAGCUGCAAUGGCUAUCGAUAAAUAUCAUGAUGACAAAGAUAUUGCAUUGUUUUUAAAAAAAGAAUUUGAUCGUAAAUAUGAACCAACAUGGCAUUGUGUUAUUGGAAGUAAAUUUUCUAGUUACGUGACGCAUAUCAAACAAUUCUGUAUUUAUUUUUCACUUGAAGAUCGUGGAGUUCUGUUGUUUAAAACUGUUUGAACUAUGCAACAAUUUUUCUCUACCCUUAAACAAUAUUGAUAGUCAUUACUAAUGUUGAUAUCAAUUCAAUAUCAUAAGUUGGAAGAAUAAACAUAAUUCUGUAAAACA